AUAAUUCUUCGCAUUACAUUUCUAGAAAUACGUAGCGAAGUUUUUAGUAUUUACUGCAAGACCAAGUUUCAACCAAAUGAAAUAAACAUUUGCAUCGUGACUCCACAUCUCAGCUUCAGACUGAGCUUGAAACUUCAAACCACACUUUCCAGUAGAUUUUAGUCUGCCGUAAUUCCCAUCCUCCCUAAGUAUUUACACCUAUACACACACACAUCCAUAAACUCUCGUUGUAUCCCUCGCCUUAUCUUUCGUUUCUAUUAAAAAUAUUCCACGAACAUUCCUUUCAAUGUUAUUAACCAUCGCGAAUUUCCACCGAUAAUCUCAAGGCCGAGCAUUUCCUCGAAAUGCCAAAUGACUUGGCGCGAUGCACAACUAAAAUGGUCGAAAUUAAAUUUUACUAUUCCCGGGGUUUCCUCUCUUCUCGAGCUCUGUGCCGCGUUUAUCCACAGCGAAAGGGGCCGUGCGCUCAUUUCACCCGCGGCCCAAGUGGCGAAGAAAAAAAGCCGAGAAAAAUAGGAGGCGCAACGCGGAAAACCGUCUGAACUAAUUCGGAAAAACCGGCGAGGAUACGCUUGAAACUGCAAGGAACCAAAGCUUUCAUGCUCGCUCUAACGGCGUCUCGCCUCGCAAAGACGCUUUAUGGAAAAAGUUUUUAAUAUUCUCUCCUUCCAUCCCUCGGAUCUCUUUUCUUUUCUUUUUUUUCUUUUUGUUCCACUCUUUACCCUGUUACGUUGCUGGUGAACGGAAGAAGAAGAAGAAAAGAAUGAUGGAAGGAAAGAGGAAAUGGAAGAAACGAAGACAGGAUAAUGACCACUGGGCACAGGUGGAUAUGAUUCUCACUGAUAGAAUCCACGUACACCUUGCGCCUUAUUUUCUAGUCUUCUAUCUACCGAUGAAAGAGAGGUAUCAGUCAGUCGUAAGCAGAAAAGAAAUUUUCCGCCGGGAGAAUGAAGAGUACAAUCGAGAAAAGGAAUUGGGGAGAAGAAGGGGAUGAGAGAGUUUGUCAGCUCACCGGAAUCAUCGUUUGUUCCUCGAUAUUAAACUCGGCCAUGCAGAUUUUUACAACCCCUUUCACACGCUCUGGGAUUCUUCCGCGUUGAUGGAUGUUUCGUGGAUCCGUUUGUCUCGCUUCCUUUCCCACCGUACUUUGAAUGCUACGCUCCAGUGUUUGGAUAGGCUGCCGUAAAUUUGAUUUUUUUUUUUUUUUUUUUUUUUUGAGAAAGGAAACUCUUUGUUCUGUGUAAUUCGGAUAUUCAUAAUGAUCAUCUUUUGGAUUGUAAAAGUUAUUCGUUUGUACAGUUUCGGGAUAGAAAACGUUGUUUACUGAAACAGAUGGUUGUAGUUGUAUUGAAUUUAGGGUCGGGUGAAGAUUUAAUUAUAACAGUCUUUUGUUAUAAUUAAAUAAAUAGAAAAUUGUAAUCGAUUUUUGGGGGUAGAAGCUACCUUGUUAUUGCGUUUCAACAACAUCCAAACAUAACUGUAAAAUCUUUCUGUAGUAACGACAGACGAGAGAAUUCCACGAGCGAGUCACGUUGUAAUUAUAUUAGAGUUUUAACGUAAUUAUCUGCAGUAAUUAACGUUAUUGUAACUUAUUAAGCGUAAGUACCAAUAGCAGCUUCCGCUGCGCUCUAGUUUCGCCUGCAUUAAGGAAAAUUUAUUUCAGUUUAAGGAAAGAAUUGCGCGAUCCCCUUGAAAGCUGGAUGAAGUUCUCUUUUCGAAAAAAACGCGCGGCUGAACUUUAAUUUAUCUGCCAAUUUAUUUCGAAGCAAUUAUUUAAAUGAAAUUAAAAAUCUUCUUGUCUGCAAAAAUCUAAAAAGCUUCUUGUUUGAGGGAAAUGUUAGGACUCUUAAACUCUAAAUAGACGUUUCUAUAAUUAAUUGAAGAUUUUUAAUUUAACUAAUGUUCCUUCCUUCCUUCUUUUUGAGAUAAGCAGACAUAUAACAAUUUUUAAAAGAACAAUAUUUAAUUUGAAGCAUCAAGACUUACAACAAUUAUUCUUAGUAUCUUUUUUACUUAGUACUUUUCUUAGCUUUUUCUCUUGCGUUAAGUAAAAGUUUCAAAUUUAAAUCAAUCUAUUUUUUUCUCUUUAGGUAGAACUCUGAAACUUUAGGAAAAAUAUUUCUCAAACUUAAAAAGUUAUUACAUAUAUGGGAAAUAAAUGAUCGAUUAAAACUAUAGUGGCAAUUGUUAAUUACUCUUAAUUACUUUUAUAUCACGACGCAGUUUUACUCAUAUUUACUUUUAAAUAAAUUCUUCACUUAAUAAAAGCAUUUUCCAAUAUGAACAAUGUUCCUCGUUUUUGUAAAUCAUCUUUGUUCAGUCUAGAAAAACUAGUUGAAAUGAAAUACGAAGUUUCUCCAUCUUUAGAAAAUCGUUCGUUUAUUCCCAGCUAAUCUUUUACUCAACAUAUCUACGAAUAUAAAUUCUGACCUGGACUCGACACUGUCACAGUUUACCGAAUUAUUAAUCUUCCUAACCUAGAAACUAUCUCAAUAAAAUGAAUUUCCUUCGCUACUUCUUUCCCUUUAAAAACACGAACAAUACGUUUCUUUUAAUAUUCUCACACUUGACGUUGCACGUGAGCAACACUGCGCUUCAACAAGUUAUUAACCAAACGUCAAAUGUAUUUUUUCGCGAUAAAAAUUAUUUCAAUUUUGCCGUAUUACAUCAAUUUUAUAAAAAUGUGAGAAAAAAUCCCACAUUCUAAAAAGAUAUCUUAUCACAAGAAGAACAAAUUUUUCUGCUAAACGAUCUACAAGCCCGUGUUUCAAACUGAAGCACUCAAAACACAGCUUAGAGAAGAACAACAGCGGAAUGUUUUAAUAAUGGUAACAAAAGAGGUCGUGAAAAGCGUAGAAAAAAAUUCCAGCGCAGGCACAGAGCAAAUCCCGGUGUCGGAACAUUCAUAUUCGCUGUUGAGCGACGCCAAGCCGGUGCAUCCUCGUUGCGAAAGCACGUGACUGCACCAGCAAAAUUAGCAUACGCGGCGAAUGCGAUCCGGCGCCGAGAUCGUCAGAAAACUCGAGUUGACAACGCGACAAUGAACCGUUCCCGAGAAGAAAAGCAAAUCGUGAUAAAACAAGUUGCAAACGUGCGCGAUCCAUGAGGAACCUUGUUUUCUUUUCGAUCUAUGACCGGUGGUACGUUGUUUGAACACGACUGAUGCAAGACAGUCAGAACGAUAUCAAGAAGCUGCGCAGAGAGAACGAGCAGCUGCGUAGGGAGAUAUGGAGCCUCAGGGACGAGUACGACAAGCUCGAGGAGAUCCUGAAGAGGCAAAAGUGCCACCCAGAAAGCGAAGAAUACGAGGAUCGCUCCGAUGAGGAUGGCGGUCUGCAAUCUGAUUACUCCUUCGAGGAGGACGAAGAGCUCAGCGAGGACGGCGAAGAUACCACCAGGGAACCCGACAAAUCUGAGCAAUUAGACAACGCGGAAAAUCAGAAGAUUUCCACGGAGAAAAUGACCAGUAACGGCCUCCAUAGGCUACACGUAGACUUCGACGACUUAUCAGUGGUCGACGAAGAGGAAGAGCCGAAACGAGAUAAGGAUAAAAAGGAAGCUUCUUCGGAAGAUGUUCUGCAAUCCAAAGAACAGAAAAGUCCACUUUCUAUCCUAAAGUCGAGGCAACUUCAUGACAACAUCCCCUUCUGUCCUGGCGCCUAUCAAUCAUCGACUUGCUUAGGUAGCUCUGCUUACUAUAACGAGUAUCCUUUCAAGUUCCCAAGCACGCUAAACCUAAUGCUGCCUGCUGAUGCAUCAACGAUGCUAACUUCUCCGUGUCCAAGAAUAAAUGCAGACCGAAUAGGCCCAAUAUCGAGUUUAGCAGGUCCGGCUAUGAAUGAAAUCAACGAUCAAAUAAUACACGCUCCUCCUGCAGGCUGGCAAAGUAACGUUAUAAUGCCUCAGACACAGGUGACCACGUAUGGAGCAACUGAUACUGACGGAACACCAAGUAUGCAGAGCUUUGCUACAAUUCACCAGGAACAAUUAAAGCAACAAUUCGCAUCGACCAUCGGAGGUUUUCCUAAUUUCCCAAGCUUUGUACAAAGAAGAGGUGUUGGCCUAAAAUUGUCAAGUAAUCCACUCAACUCGACAUUCUUUGGAAAUAGUCGUCAGAAUUCGGAGAAAAUGAUUGAAAAUGGUUGGAGUACGAAUGCAAAUUUGCCAAAUAUGAAGGGACCAACCGAUCUGAGUGCUAGUGAUGCAACGAAGAUAGAGACAGAAGAGAGUCCUGGGUUAUCAGGAGCCGAGAAACCGAAGCAUUUUUUUGCUCCACUGCCUUCGAAGUUAAAGAAACAGACUGAAGAAUCCUCGCCGACUGUCAGUCACUUUGGAACUGGGAAUAGUUCUAGUAGUGGCAAGACUGGGUCUACUGUAAUCUCGAAAAGUCAGUUCACAUCUCAGAAGGGAUCGGUUGAUCUGUACGUUGAUGGAGCAAUUCCAUACGAGGGUAAUCUAUUAAAUGAUAAAAGUGAACAGAGGACGUUCCUAAGUACAGACAACUUACUAAUCGCUGAAGUCAAAUCAGGCACGACCAAUCAAUUGACAAAGUCGAUGUCGUGGCAGGAUUUACCUAGUAAGUCUCAAACCGCUUCGGUCAAUCAAUCUAAUGGUAAGCAACAAAUAUUGACUCGAAGUGACAACACUUUGGACAAUAUAUCAGACUCGAAGCCGUACAAAUCGUACCUGAACGUCACUCUAAAGGCACCUCGCGUGGAACAGGCGAUGAGCCCCGACAUCCCAGAAAUCCCCAAGUUACCCACCAUAGACUAUCGACUCUUCAAGAACCCCUUUCUACGAAGUUUCGAGCCGUCUACCAGCUACAUGAACCAGAACAACGUCACCAGACCGCUGUCCGUCCAAGUGAACGAUGACAACCUGUGCUGCUACCCAUCACAAUCUGAAGUGCCCACCUUCAACAGAGUUCCUUUUUCAGAAAGGUACAGACCGGUUCAGUCUGACAAAAACCGUCUCUUAAUCCCAUCUAACCAACUAAUGAAUGGAAAAUUGAUGUCUCCAACGAGCAAGCCUCAGAUUCAGGUAACGUCUUUUGAGAGACCGAGUCCGCAUACUCUAGUAGGUCCACCUACUCCUUACGAAUUCAACACUAUGCGUAGGUUAAAUACCAAUCCCUAUUUACAUACACAGAAUUUGUAUCAGAACGUGCCAUUUUUGCCAAGAGGAGGCUUGUAUCCACAAAGAGGGAUGAUGUACUACGAUAACCUAACAUUGAAGGUGCCAGCUCAGACGCAGACCUCCAUAGAUGGAGAUUCUCAUCAAGAAGACGAACACGUGUUUUCUCACGAAGAAAGUGUACCGAGUACACCAAGUGGACGUAGGAAGAGAACGAUCAGAAAAGAGAAGUGUAGUGCCAAUAAAGAGCAAAAACCUGCGUCACCUACUGCUCAAAGGAAGUAUAAGAAGCAGAGUAGCGUCACGUCGUCGGAAGUGCCAGAGUCUCCUGGAAAAUCGACACGAAAGAAGCCUACGAGACUUAGUAUCACUACGACUACAUCAGAGGGCCAGGAGGAUAAAAACGAGAGCAGAUCGUCUUCGUCUGGUCAAGAUUCGCCCAAGAAGGAACAGAUGAGAAGGGUGUCUCUCUACUUCAACGCUAAGAAGAGGCCUUCGUUGACUUCAAUGAGGACAGUUAGAAGUGGCAGCUUGGAUAUUGGUAGAGAAAAGGAGGCGAUGGUGCUGAAUUCAGAGAGGGAGAGGACUAAUUCUGUUAGCAGCAGAGAGAUUGGCAGCGUGAAGGCAAGGAAAGCAAGUACCAGCAGUGGAAACGUGCCUUGGUGCGCUUGCUGGGGCAACGGGUGUGUUUAGGGAGUCCGUAAUUGGUUUUAUUGGUGGCUCUGGCUGGAUCUAAUUAAACGUUCGAGUUUUGUUUAUGUUGUGGCUUGGCUUAUCAGCGUGUGGCCCUCGGGUUUCAUUUUAAUCAGCCUGGCCUGAUGUGGAUGGAAUGUCUUGCAGGGUCGAUGUCUUUGAGGAAUGUGAGAGUGUUUAGUUUAUUCGGUCUGUAUUGUGAGUCAGCGAAUCUAUAGUUCGACCAAGCGAGAGUGAUACUAAUUGUAAGAGGAAUUUAGAAUAAAUAGUCCAAACUAUCAGACUACGUUUCUAAUUGUACGGUGUACUUUAAUUCGAUAUAUCUGCAGUAUCGUUUUAUCAAAGAAAAUUUUCGUCACACAUUGUUUAUGUAAAGAAUCAUAUAUUUAAUCGAAUUUCUACUUAUCAUUCAAUAUACUAGCAGAGUAACUGAUAAGUUCCAUCGUUUCAGACUUAUGUAAAUUAUUGGUUCUAAAGUGAAACACUCUCGAAAUAGAACUGUCACAGUAUCUCCUCUGAUAAUUCAAUUUGAUUAAAUAAUUAAAUAAGAAUAUCUUUGAACUUCCUCAAAUGCUUCUGUAUUACCAGCAACUUUAGUAGCACAUUUUCCAAAUGUAGACCUUAUACGAAAUUGUAAUAUUUUUAUUAUAAAUCAUUUCAGUAUUUCACACAUCUAUGUACGUGUUUUACAGCAAAUUUCUUCAUCUUCGAUGUAUUUGGUAAUUGGCGAUAGAACGAAAUUAAAUGCAUAGUUUGUCCUACUAAAAUUCAAAGUUACAAAAAUAGAGCGGCAUUUUAUAUGCACCGAUGUAAUAAUAAUUCUCUACUCUUAAGUUGAGCGGAUUCUUGGAUAACCAAGGAAAAUACCGAACAGAGAGCUAGCGUGCUCCAGGAGGAGUCGUAUCGACCUUCACUUCAGCGUAACUAUACUAUAGGGUAACCGCUGUAGCCAAUGGGGGAGGUCGUAAAACUAGCGCCGGCAGAACCAGGACACCAUAAAACCCGUUACCGUUCAGGUGACAGUUGCAACCGUGAUGUUCUUGCCAGGAAUACGGAAGCACAGUCUCUGCCCUCUCACGAUGCUUAAGGCGCAAGUGGAUCGAAUUAGGGGAUUAAUAUUUAACGAGGAACCAGACGCGGAGAAGCCAGACCACGUCAAUGAUCGCCUCGAUAAAAGUUCCGUGAACUGUGCCAGUAAAAAGUCCUGGUAUUAUCCAAUUUUAUAUCGAUUACUCUUAAUACCGAUUCUAAGAAUAAUGGAAUGAAAGGAUGGAAUAAAAGUUCGAUUUUCUAUUCGUUCGACUAACCAGUUUGAAUUUAACCCUGCUGCGAUCUUCUUUUAUUUUCUUUAUAUUUUAAUCUCAUUUUUAUUUUAAUCGGAUAAAGAGCUUACUAGUAGGAUUUAAGAAAAUUUGAGAAAGAAAAAACUGAAGAAAUUUCCUAACGGUAGAAAAAUACGACUGGGCGAAAAAUGAUUCAUAGAACGCGGUAAAAAGCUUAAGCUUUAACGUCAGUUGUUACGUUAAGAAAUAAUACGUCUGCGCAUUUAAUUUAAGCUUAAGGGGCGAUAUUCAUUAAAAAAGUUCGAAAGUAUAAAUUGUUGUAAAAUGAAAUGAAGUCUGUUUGAUCUUUCAAAUCUUGCGUGAUUUGAAAUUGAUAUACGUAAGUCUGACAGAUUGGUUUUUAUUUAUAAUGUAAUCUCUAAGAGAUGUAAAUAUAAUUUUAAAGUAAAGUUUAGAUCGUUUAGAAGAAAUAUUUAUGUUUGACAAUCGUAUAAAGUUUAUUAAAAAAUAAUAAGAUAAAAUGUAUUUUUCGAUGCGGGCUUUCGAAGUGCUGUUGUUUAACAGAAACCGAAGAAACACCAUUUUUUUUCAAUAGAUAAAUAAAAUCGUAGGAAAUUUAGCAAUAUUAUUAUAAUAUAGAAUAAUUGCAAUUUGUGAAAAUUUCUUUUACAAAUAUAUUCUCUUUGUACAUAAAAGGUAACAAUUUCUUCAAAUAUCCUACGAAAAGAUGUAAAAAAUCAUUCGAUGUAAAACAGCUGUGUAAAAUCUCAGCCAAAUUAGCUCGACAAUAUUUUCUAAUAUUUCUAGUACUGUGCCUAGAAAAAUCCAAUCAACGAUUCCAACUAAACUUCGUAUAUGUGUAAUUGGCUAGAGUUGAGAGUAAAAUGCGAUGACUUCGUUACUCUAACAAUCUCUAAUGUGAAAUUUCAUAUAAAUAUUCCAGAAAGAUUGUACUUUUCAAUAAAAUUAAUUUCGAUAAGCUCAA